AUGAGCUCCAUGCGUCGCCCUCCUGAUUCCACCUGGGAGCUGUUUCAUCACCUCAAAACCCAUCUGAGCUGGGGAUAUGUCAUAUAUCGUACAACCUACACCCCUGAAUCUGAGCCACAUUUCUCUGCCGUGAUCAAGUACCUCGAGGCCUGCAUCAAAGAAGAAUUUUUUGAAGAAUGUGCAAAAUAUGCUAGCAACGGGGGAGACCCUGCGAUAUAUGACGGAAUAUGGGCCCAGCACAGUUCAACUGUUAUUGAAGAUGCGGCACAGUUCAAUGGGGCAUCGAUUGAUGCAAUUCGCGCUCACUUCGAGGCAUGGGUAGAUGCACAGGGCCAACGUGAUAAAUUCAACAAAUAUCGAAUGUGUAUCGUUAUUGAUGAGGAAUGCCUCCAGACUCUACUUGGUGCAUCGGUAGAGACCCUGGACCAGGCAGCAGAGCUGACUCAAGGUGAUACUGUGCGGUAUGUGAAGGUUGUCGAAGCGUGGCCGAACUUGGCCGACUUUGAGCCCUUUCCGGGAUGGAUGAAGUGUUGGCCACUCGCCUUAUGGGAUCUUUGGACGAUGAUGUGUGAUAGUGAUGACAUGGGCCUGUCUUGGAGCAAGAUCGAUGAUUUUUGCCCAGAGGUGUAUUGUGGAUGA